CGGGGCUGGGGGAGGUAGGAGAGAGGGUGGUGGGAGGAAGGAAGCGAUCCUUUCUCCCCCGCGUGGGGAACACGCCUCCGGAGGUGCGGGGGCGGCUCGGGCUCCGCCAGCCUCUCCGCAACUUGUAGCGAGAGCAGCGCGCUGGAGGAGGCGGCGAGCACCGAUGGGGGCCGUUGCUCCAACCUGAUCGAGUCCAUUUGCCAAUUCACCACUCGCAUCACUUCCGGAUCGGUCCCCAGUUUCUGCUGCAGACAGGGAGAUCACACGAGCCAUGGCUGAGAAGAAGCAGUCUGGCCGGCAAGGCGAGGAGGAAGAAGUGCCAGCCUUCUUCAAAAACCUGGGCUCGGGCAGUCCGAAGCCCCGGCAGAAAUUCUGUGGCAUGUUCUGCCCAGUGGAAGGCUCCCUGGAGAACAAGACCAUCGACUUCGACUCCCUCUCGGUGGGCCGCGGAUCUAACAAAGUGGUGGCAAAGCAGAAGGAUGUCGCCCACUUGGGUCCGGAUGCUCAGUCUGUCUAUUCCAGACAGAGUGGGAAGGGAGGGGAACCAUCUGUUGAUUUCGGAAGAAAGGUGGAGAUCAGGAGUGCCACUGGGAAGGAGGCACUGCAGAACCUGAAUGACAAGGUGGGUGCACAUGUGUGUGUGUGUGUCUGAUACAGGGAUGCAACUUGCACACGCAGUAGGCUGCAGGAGGGAUGCAUCAUUUCCACCCUGCGGUUUCCUGCUUUUGUCACUUGCAUGUAUGUA